AUGGAACCCUUGAUUGUAGAAAACAGGAAUGGAUUGCAUCAGAGAAAGCAGACCAUUUAUGGAGCUUCUGGGUUCCUGGUCUUUCAGCAGACCCCAGAGGCCACAUACGGGCUGUGUGUUAGGCAGCUGCCACCAGUGCCCGUCAAACCAAAUAAAGAGAAAGAGGCCGGAACUACACCAACAAAAGAUGAAGAGGAAGCCUCCACGCCUAGUGCCGUGCCUCCAGAAUGGUCUCUUGGCGAAUCGCCUGCUGCGGAGGAACAAGACAAGCAGAACGCCAAUUCCCAGCUGUCCACCCUCUUCGUGGAGAAGCCUCAAACAGGAUCAGUGAAAGUUGGUGAAAAUAUCACCUUUAUAGCCAAAGUCAAGGCUGAAGACCUUCUUAGAAAACCCACCAUCAAAUGGUUCAAAGGGAAAUGGAUGGAUCUGGCCAGCAAAGCUGGGAAGCACCUUCAGCUGAAGGAAACCUUCGAAAGGCAAACCCGGAUGUACACAUUUGAGAUGCAGAUCAUCAAGGCCAAAGAGAACUAUGCAGGAAACUACAGGUGUGAGGUCACCUAUAAGGAUAAGUUUGACAGCUGCACAUUCGAUCUUGAAGUACAUGAAUCUACUGGGACUACUCCAAACAUUGACAUCAGAUCUGCUUUCAAGAGAAGUGGAGAAGGUCAAGAGGAUGCAGGGGAGCUUGACUUUAGUGGUCUCCUGAAACGUAGGGAGGUGAAGCCUCAGGAGGAAGAACCCGAGGUAGACGUGUGGGAGCUGCUGAAGAAUGCGAACCCCAACGAGUAUGAGAAGAUCGCCUUCCAGUACGGCAUCACCGACCUGCGCGGCAUGCUCAGGCGGCUCAAGCGCAUGCGCAGAGUGGAGAAGAAGAGCGCAGCUUUUGCAAAAAUUCUUGACCCUGCAUAUCAGGUUGAUAAAGGAGGCAGAGUAAGGUUUGUUGUGGAACUGGCAGACCCAAAGUUGGAGGUGAAAUGGUAUAAAAAUGGUCAAGAGAUUCGACCCAGUACAAAAUACAUCUUUGAGCAUAAAGGAUGUGAAAGAAUCAUGUUUAUCAAUAACUGUGCGCUAACGGAUGAUUCAGAGUAUUAUGUGACAGCUGGUGAUGAGAAAUGUUCCACCGAGCUGUUUGUGCGAGAGCCUCCAAUUAUGGUAACCAAACAGCUGGAAGAUAUGAAUGCUUACUGCGGGGAAAGAGUGGAAUUAGAAUGUGAGGUGUCAGAAGAUGAUGCUAAUGUGAAAUGGUUUAAGAAUGGUGAGGAGAUUAUUCCUGGUCCAAAAUCAAGAUAUCGAAUUAAAGUUGAGGGCAAAAAACAUAUUUUGAUCAUAGAGGGAGCAACGAAGGCUGACAGUGCAGAAUAUUCUGUAAUGACAACGGGAGGACAAUCAUCUGCUAAACUUAGUGUUGACUUGAAACCUCUGAAGAUUUUGACACCUCUGACUGAUCAAACUGUAAACAUUGGAAAAGAAAUCUGCUUGAAGUGUGAAAUCUCUGAAAACAUAUCAGGAAAAUGGACUAAAAAUGGCCUACCUGUUCAAGAAAGUGACCGUCUGAAGGUCAUUCACAAAGGAAGAAUCCACAAGUUAGUGAUAGCCAAUGCUCUUACUGAGGAUGAAGGUGAUUAUGUAUUUGCACCAGAUGCCUACUCUGUUACUUUGCCUGCCAAAGUUCAUGUUGUUGAUCCUCCUAAGAUCAUCCUGGAUGGUCUUGAUGCUGACAAUACAGUGACAGUAAUAGCAGGAAGCAAGCUUCGUCUUGAAAUUCCUGUCACCGGAGAACCACCUCCCAAAGCCCUUUGGAGCCGAGCGGAUAAGGCUAUUAUGGAGGGCAGUGGCCGGAUAAGAGCAGAAUCUUACCCUGACAGCAGCACUCUGGUUAUUGACGUCGCUGAAAGAGAUGACUCUGGUGUUUACCACAUAAAUCUGAAAAAUGAAGCUGGGGAAGCACAUGCAAGCAUCAAGAUUAAAGUUGUGGACAUCCCUGAUCCUCCAGUGGCACCAAAUGUGACAGAUGUGGGAGAUGAUUGGUGCAUCAUGAACUGGGAGCCUCCUGUCUAUGAUGGAGGGUCCCCAAUCUUAGGAUACUUUAUUGAGAGGAAAAAGAAACAAAGCUCCAGAUGGAUGAGGCUAAAUUUUGAUCUCUGCAAAGAAACAACUUUUGAGCCCAAGAAGAUGAUUGAAGGUGUAGCUUAUGAGGUCCGCAUCUUUGCAGUCAAUGCUGUUGGUAUCUCCAAGCCCAGUAUGCCCUCCAAGCCUUUUGUUCCUUUGGCUGUAACCAGCCCUCCUACACUUCUGGCCGUUGACUCUGUAACUGACACCACUGUCACAAUGAAGUGGAGGCCCCCGGACCAGAUUGGUGCAGCAGGUUUAGAUGGCUAUGUGCUAGAGUAUUGCUUUGAAGGAACCGAGGAUUGGAUAGUUGCAAACACAGAUCUGAUCGAUAAGACCAAGUUCACCAUCACAGGUCUGCCUACAGAUGCAAAGAUCUUUGUUCGUGUGAAGGCUGUGAACGCCGCGGGCGCCAGCGAGCCCAAAUACUACUCCCAGCCCAUCCUGGUGAAGGAAAUCAUAGAGCCUCCGAAGAUUCGCAUCCCAAGGCACCUGAAGCAAACCUAUAUCCGCAGAGUUGGAGAAGCUGUCAAUCUGGUUAUACCUUUCCAGGGAAAACCAAGACCAGAAUUAACUUGGAAGAAAGAUGGUGCAGAAAUUGAUAAGAAUCAAAUAAACAUUCGCAACUCUGAGACUGAUACAAUCAUAUUUAUCAGAAAAGCAGAAAGGAGCCACUCUGGGAAAUAUGAUCUGCAAGUCAAAGUGGAAAAAUUUGUGGAAACGGCUUCAAUCGAUAUCCAGAUCGUUGACCGUCCAGGUCCACCUCAGCUGGUGAAGAUUGAGGAUGUCUGGGGAGAGAAUGUUGCUCUAUCAUGGAUACCACCAAAGGAUGAUGGAAAUGCAGCCAUCACAGGGUACACAAUCCAGAAAGCUGAUAAGAAGAGCAUGGAAUGGUUCACUGUCAUUGAGCAUUAUCACCGAACCAAUGCUACCAUUACUGAACUGGUCAUAGGAAAUGAAUAUUAUUUCCGGGUCUUUGCUGAGAACAUGUGUGGCCUCAGUGAGGAUGCAACAAUGACUAAGGAGAGUGCUGUGAUCGCCAAGGAUGGUAAAAUCUACAAAAAUCCAGUGUAUGAAGAUUUUGAUUUCACGGAGGCACCCAUGUUUACUCAGCCUUUGGUUAACACCUAUGCUGUGGCUGGUUACAAUGCCACCCUGAACUGCAGUGUGAGAGGAAAUCCUAAGCCCAAAAUAACCUGGAUGAAAAACAAAGUUGCUAUUGUGGAUGACCCAAGAUACAGGAUGUUCAGCAACCAAGGGGUCUGUACUCUGGAGAUUCGCAAGCCUAGCCCCUAUGAUGGAGGCACUUACUGUUGCAAAGCUGUCAAUGACCUUGGGACAGUGGAGAUCGAAUGCAAACUGGAGGUGAAAGGUGGUCUUUCCUUCUGCAGGCUUCUCUUGCAAGGCGUACCUCCUAACAUAAUUGAUUCAUAUUUGCGAGACUUGCAAUCAAGCAACCCUGAGGAAUACUAAGGGCCUGGGCCCUGCCUCCCUACACUCCACUGCUUUGAAAUCUGAUUGCAAUGAGAAAGCAUUUUCUGUUUUCCACCAGCACUCAAGUGUGGUUGUUUUCUUUCCUCCUGAUGUUAAAGAAAAAAAAAAUGUUUGCACGGGAUUGCUUAAUUAAAAAUUGCAUACAAAAUUUCA